AUGCCGCCGACGUCGUCGCGGUUCUUCCGCGGCGCGACUCGCGCGUCGUCGUCGUCGCUCGAGGACGACGUCCGUGCGCUCCUGCGGGAGGUCCGCGCGCGGCGACGCCGCGACAGGGCGCGCGAGGACGCGGCGACUGAGGAGGAAGACGACGACGAUCACGACGACGAGGUGAUCACGUGCGCAAUCUGCCUCGACGCCGCGCGCUCGCCGUGCACGCUCGGCGGCUGCGCCCCCAACGCGCGCGCGAGCCACGUCUUCUGCGAGGACUGCAUCACGCGCUGGAGCGCGGUCGCGAACCGCUGCCCGCUGUGCAAGGCGUCGUUCGACGUCGUCCAUCGACGCGACGGACGGUCGUCGUUCGCGGUCGAGGCGAGAUCGCCGAGCGGCGCGCGAGGCGACGGCGACGACGACGACGACGACGCGACGAUCGCCGCGCUGAUGGCGGCGUUAGACGAGACGUUCUGCGAGGUGUGCGCCGGCGGCGACGACGAGGACACCAUGCUGCUGUGCGACGGAUGCGACCGCGGGUUUCACAUCGCGUGUCUGUCCCCGCCGCUGACGGCGUUGCCGGCGGAGGAGGAGGAGUGGCGCUGUCCGCGGUGCGUCGACGGGACGGCGGAGGAGGAGGCCGCGGACGAGGCGAUGGACGUCGCGGACGGAGAAGACGCCGCCGCCGCCGCCGGCGACGACGACGACGACGAAGAAGAAGAAGAGGUCGUGGUACUCGACGAGAACGCGCCGCCGUCGCCGAGAGCGAAGACGGCGACGGCGUUGGAAUCGUUUCGGUACCGCGGCGGCGGCCGCGUCGCGCCGUAG